UAUUCUGAUAUUGUGGCGGGGUACAUUAACGCUGCGGCGGGCUGGGCUUCUCUUGUUGCCGAGAUCAACGCAGGCAGGUGGGAGGUUCACACCGUCUUCAGCAGGGAAAGCCAAGCGAACCGUGUGGGCCGUGCGUUCUACCCCACCGCAGUUGCAAAGGACAACAAAGUCUUUCUUCUUGUGGGAAGCUACGACAUGAUCGACGACGGUAGUGAUUCACAUUGGAAGGAAGGUAACUGGAGCCUUGAGUUGCUGGUGGGUGAGGCCACGCAAGACAAACAGAUCCAAUGGGGCCAGCCCCAACAGCUGCUGCCACAGAUCGCCCAAUCCGCUCAAGCGAUCGGUGUGGAUGGGUUUUUUUCUGCUGGUGGCUCAGGUGUUGUGAUGGCGAGUGGCGCGCUUGUGUUUCCUGUGGUGGCGGCGCGGAGGGGAGGGUCCUCCCUUGCCUCCACGAUCAUCUACUCGGCGGACGAGGGCAUAACGUGGGCGCUCCCGAAGGGGAUGCUCCCUGCGGACUGCACUUCGCCCCUCCUCGCCGAGUGGGAGGCGGGGCAGCUGCUCAUGAUUGCCGAUUGUACGUUUGGCCGCAGGGUGUUCGAGUCGAGGGACAUGGGGGCAACGUGGGCGGAGACUGCCAGGACACUCUCGCGCGUGCGGGGUUAUUUUGGAGCAGACCCGUUGCAACGGCCUCGGCGGGUGACGUCCCUCACCACCGCGACGAUUGCUGGGACGAGGGUCAUGCUGUACACCCAGACAGACUACCCACUCGGGGAGAUGGAGGCGGAGGCGGAGGCAAAGGAUCUUUUUCUUUGGGCCACCAACAACAACCGGACGUUUCGCGUCGGGCCCAUUUCCAUGGACGCUGAUGGGAAUAUCCCACUCUCCAGCGCCCUGCUGUACUCGAACGAUAAACUGCACUUUUUGCAGGAGAGGGGCAACAGUAAGACCAGGAGCCUGUUUUUGUCCCCCCUGACGGAGGAGCUGGGGACAAUCACGUCCGUCUUGGGCACUUGGGCAGAGCAGGACUCCGCCUUCUCCAAGUCGUCUGUGCCCACGGCCGGCCUGGUUGGGUUCUUGUCGGAUGCAUCGAGUGAUGCAACGUGGGACGACGCGUACCGCUGCCUGAACGCCGUUGUGAAAAAUGGAAAGAAGGUCAAAAAUGGCUUUGAGUUUACUGGGGCCGAGUCCUACGCCUUUUGGCCUGUGAACAUGUGGGACGAUGGUAACGUGUACGGCUUUGCGAAUUACGAGUUCGCGCUUGUGGCGACGGUGCUCAUCCAGCAGGCUCCGAAGGGGAGCGCGCCUCUGCUGGGUGCGAGUCUGGAGGACCAUGGCAGCACGAAGUUCGUGGGGCUGGCGUACACUGCGGAGAUGAAGUGGGAGACGGUCUUCAACGGCACGGCAACCGUAACUGACGGCGGCGGCGCCUGGGAGUCGGGGAAAGAGUACAAAGUGGCGCUCAUGCUGCAGGGCAGCAAGGGCUCCGUGUACGUGGACGGCGAGCUCGUGGGGAGCUCCGACGCGCUGCCAACACCCGAGGCACGAAAUUUCGAAAUCUCGUACUUCUACUUUGGAGACGGGGAAGGCGGCAACGACAGAGGCGGCAGGGUGGCUGUGACGAACGUCCUUUUGUACAACCGCCCGCUGAGCGGAGAGGAGCUCGCAGCGCCUGCUGGGCGGGGACGAGGCACCCCGCCACCUUCCGGGGGUUCGGGUGACUCCAGCGCAGCUGCAGAGGCCAAAGAGGAGGUGGAUGCGCACGAGGCGGCGAGUGGCAGUGGUGAAUCGGCGCCGUCAUCGUCUCCAGAGCCGGGUGCGGGCACUGGACGCGAAAGAACUGGGACUGAACAGGUCUUCGGUGCUGAGCCCUCUGAGCAGCAACGGGGCCCUUCGCCUCCCGCAGACGGCGCAGCCACGGCGGGCCCGGUGGGUGACGCGCCUGUGCAGAAUGGGCGCGAGGAUGACGGCCAGGCGCAGCAGACCCCUCCGUCGCAUGCGCCAGAGAGCGUUGGUGGAGUGCCGUCUGCUUCCGCCGCGCCUACCAGCGAGACGCCAAACGUUGCAGAAAGAGAACUUGGCGCAGACCCCCAAACUGCGGCGGACGCGGACGGCGGCCACGAGGCUUCCAGCAACGCCGCCACGGCACCACUCCCCGGCAACGGCUCCGCUGCCUUCAAGAACAUCACAGGGCCGUUCCAGCUGAGCACAGGCAGCGACGACGCUCUGCGUGGGUGCGUGUCUCGGCUUUUGCUGCUUGCCAUGCUUGGGGUGUGGGGCACGACGGCUCUCUGA